AUGUCAGUUGAGGAUGUAUCUGAAUGGGAAUUUAUCGGGAAUAAAUACUACGCGAGGUCCACAAUCUACCAGUAUGGCUGGGACUUGUCUACGCUCAAGCCUUACCGCCUGAGUGGAUCACCGCUCUCGUCCGCCCUGGCGAUCUGGAGAGAUACCCGGAAUCCUGUCAGCUACACCCACACGCGUCUCCCAGAGAACUCCCCCAGCCAGCCUUUCUUGCACAUAUUCUCUGCCGACGCCGAGCACUUGGCUACGAUCACCAGCCCUUCGGCACCAGUUUCUGUCGGCUUCAGCAGCGCAGACGAGCUCGUCGUCGUCCUCGGCGAUCUCCAGUACAGAGUGUACAACUACUCGGGCAAGAUACCCAUAUCCACCACCCACACAAUACCACUCGAGACACCCACCACCAUUCUCGACGCACGCAUCGCAGGCGAUUCACUCGUUAUCCUCACUGCCGAGCUCCUCUUCUACCACCUCCACCUCGGCUGCCUCUCUCGUCCGACAAGGGUUGCCAGUAUGGAUCUCAGCGACGCGCCUGCAGACUGGGCUGUUGUUUCCGCCGCCCAAUCGCAUACCGGGCUAGCGACAGUCAUAGCAGCCACAGACAAUGUCGUACACGCAGCAGACUCGCUGAGCUGCAGCACGCAUCCACUCAACACCCCCCACACCGCCAUCACUCUCUCCCCCAAUGGGCGAUUCAUCGCGCUGCUCGCCCCUUCGCUCAUCCUCAGCAUCAUGACGAGCGACCUGAGCAGACUGCUGACGAGAUUCGACGCGUCGUCUAUCGACUCGUACACUCCCGACCAGCUCGUGUGGUGCGGGUCCAACGCUAUCGGUCUCGUCUAUAACGAGCCUGACCCUCGUCUCUGGCUAGUCGGUCCUGGUGGCGAGCACGUCCUCUAUCCCUACCACGAUUGCUCUUCCCUCAAGGCUCUCAGCACUAUGUCUUCUCUGCUCGUUGUCUCACCUGAAAACCUCCAGGUCGUUCAGAAGGUACCUGAGAGUGUACAGAUGGUUUUCGGCGAGACCGAUGCUGGCGCUCUGUCCGCACCUCCUUCGCGGAUGCUGCUCCACGCUCACUCUCUCCUUGAAAACGGUAGCUCCAGGUCAGACGAUGUUGUCCGCAGCAUUGGCCAAGGCUUGCUAGAGGCCAUCGACGGAAUCAUUGCGGCUGCAGGCGAGGUUUACGUUCCCUCCACCCAGCGCUCUCUUCUCAAAGCUGCUCAGUACGGUUGGCAAUACCUCUCAGACUACAACUCGGAUGAUUUUAUAAAGACUGCAUCAACAUUGCGAGUGUUGAAUGCCUACAGAAGUGUAGGCAUCCCUCUCUCGAAAGCCCAGUUCGAUUCGAGUGACUCGAGUGCUCUUAUUCAACUCCUUCUACCCAGACGGAGAUGGGGGAUGGCAAUCGAUAUUGCAAGACACCUUCACUCUCCACCUGACGCUGUUCUCGUUCACUGGGCCAAUGCAAAGAUACAUGCAAGUGAUGCGAGUGUACCGGAUGAGGAGCUUUCUCUUGCUAUCGUUGACAUGAUCCUGUCUGUCACUAAAGCUUUCGUCGGCUGGUCUGACGUUGCAAGGGUAGCUCAUGAAGUUGGGCGAGUAUCUCUAGCGACCAAGAUGCUCGACAGAGAGCCACGUGCCAGCGAGGUAGUGCCGCAGCUGAAGCGGAUGAAAGAAGACAGACUGGCGCUGCUCAAAGCGAUAGAGUCCUCAGAUCCCGAUCUUAUUAUCGACGUUCUCCUCCACCUACGCUCCAGACUCACACUCGGCGAAUUCUUCAAAGUGCUCGAGGACGGCGGUAGCAUUUACCAGCCGGCUAAAGCGCUCUUGGUUGUUUAUGCGAAAGAGUUGGAUAGGGAUAUGCUUCGCGACUUCUACUUCCAGGACGACAGGAGAGUCGAGUCAGCCAAGUUAGAUCUAGCAGAAGCUGAGCAGCUCGACGGAGAUGCCAAGAUUGGCAAAGUGAGAUCGGCGAUGCGCUUCUUCAGCGAAGAGAAGAAGAGCGCGUUUGAGAGUAGGGCAUGCGAUGAAUAUCAGCGGUUGCUUCACUUAACAAAUGGAGCCACGAGCGUAAACGAUGCCAUCAGGGAUUUGCUGGGCAGGGAAGAUAUCAAGGGCGCAGAAAAGAUUAAGAGUGAGUUUAAAGUGUCAGAAAAGAGAUGGUGGUACCUUAGAAUGCACUGCAUUGUGGAAAAACGCAACUACACAGCGCUCGAGCAGCUCGCAAGUGGGAAAAAGAGUCCGAUUGGGUUUGAACCAUUCGUCAAGGCACUCAAGAAGGCUGGAAAUAAGAAGCUGGCCGUGGAAUACAUUCGCAAGUGCGAACCUAAACGCCAGCAGGAGCUGCUAAAUGGAAUGUAA